UGUAAUUUUCUUUAUCAAUUGUCAGAAAUAUUUGCUUACUUACUCUGAAGAGUAUACAUUCUUUUACUAUUAAUAGCUUUUUCUUUGAACACUUGUGAAAUCAAUUAGUGUCACACUAAUCAAAUGAAGCCGAUUUAUUUAGAGUAACUCGUUGAACAAACUUAAUUCGCACCUAUGUCAUUUUCCUUUUUCUUCGGUUUAGAAGCUAAAAGCCGAAGGGUAAAUUGUCCUUUUUGAUGUCAGCUUUCAAGCCAAUUUCUCUUCACACUUUGUUUUUACAAUUAUUGACAAGAUUAACUCAGGGCCGGACAGGGGACGCUAUCUUGCUUUGUCCGAUCACUUUUUCCUUGGACGGCAAGAAAUAAACAUCUAAAUUUAUAUUCAACGUCUCCUGUCCUAUUUUCAGGUAAUGAAACUUUUUACUUAUAUACUUUGUGCAAAUUUAUUGUUUAUAUCAUGUUCUAUAUCAUUUGUAUGAAUGAGUUGUUUGUGACUUCAUAUUGACACUUUAUUUCGGAAAUGUUUAUUUUGGAAUUUGUUGCUUAGUCUUUUCAUUUCAUUGUUUGCGGUCUUCAAAUCUUUAAGACUGAUUCCUUUGAAAUUUAUUUUCUUGUUUUAUCUUAAUUUCCAAAUUUAUAUCCUGUUCAAAUUUGUUAACCGGAAAGUUAUUAUCCGUCUCUUUCGACUUUAACGGCUAUAAUCGCCUCCGGUGCAAAAAUGAAAAUAGACGCCUGCGACUCUUUUGUCUUAACUUUGAUCAGUGUCCAAUAUGCAAGUUUUACCUGUGUUCAACUUACUACGUCAUUUAUCAAAGUUAAAAAUAUCACCCAAAACACGGUGAUAAAGUGGUGGACUGAAUCCAACGAUCCCAGAUGAAAAAGAACAGGCCAAUUAACUACACCAUACAGACAAGACAAGCAACUGCUGCAGAGGAACAAUCCUAUCUCCAAAUUGCAGAGACCACAUCAACUGAACCUGAGGAGCAAACAGCAACCAUAAUCCUUACAGCAACAAAUUCAAGGGAAUCUAUCCCUGAUUCAGAGGAACAGAUAACCCCACCUGAAACUUCAGCUGAAGAAAAUAAUAGUACAACAACCCCUGGCACUCCAGCAGACGAACCACUAGAUACUUCAGCUGAAAAUAACAUAACAGAAGAAGAAUCAUCAGAAGAAGAAAAUUUAGAAAACAACAUUAUGGCAACUGGAUUUAGUUUCCCCAAAUUCAAUGGAUCAGAGUCACCUGUGAUCUGGUUAUCCAAACUUGACGCCUGGCAACAGUUCCAUAACUAUGCCGAUCAGAAAAUCCUUGCCAUGCUACCCUGUGCAUUAGAAGGAAGUGCUAGUACGUGGUUUCAAACAUUGCAGCCUCCCUGCAACUCACUAACAGCAUUCAAGAAACAACUCACAGACAGAUUCCAACCUAUUUUAUACGGCAUGCCACUGAUGGGUAUUCGACAAGAUACAAGUGAAACCAUGGACCAGUAUCUUGAGAGAGCUGAGAAAAUCAGCAUGAUACAUGACAUGGCUGAACUUUACAAAGUGCAGGCCAUUGCUUCAGGACUACUUCCUCCUUGGCGUGGGAAAGUUCUCUCCCGAGAACCGAAGAGCUUUCAGGAACUUAGAAACACUAUCUCCAAAGUUCAAGUUGAACUUAGCGACCUUCCACAGAAUUUGAACCAUUCCAGUGACCAUAGCCUCGCUCACCUGUGCACCACCCUCGCGACCCAAAUGACAGAACUGACGAAGAGCAUUAAAGCCGAUAUAAGUGCGCUUCGUGUAACCAGUGAACCCGACCAGUCCUCACAGCAGCGUUGGACCAACCAACAUGGUGGACGACCACGGUACCACAACAAUCGCAGAGACAUGAACCAGAGAUCCAGACAGUACGAGAGAGAGCCACGAGAGUACGAAAGCUGUAAAGGAUGUGGUAAGUCAUGUUCUAUUCGAGAAAAGUGUCCAGCUUUUAACACCAAAUGCACAUACUGUUUCAAAUGGCACCAUUAUGAAAAUGUUUGUUUCAAAAAACAGCGACUUUUUAACAAUGGCACCUUCACCAACACUAACUCUCACUCUUCUAGUUAGGGGCACGCGCCUGUCCCUAGCACGGAUAGGCACCCAGUUAACAGUUCUCAUGCAGUAGUCUCUCCUCACAGUGCUAACUCUACCCCUUCAACUAACAAGUCUAACACUAAACCCUCAACCACUAACAAAUCCAAUACCCCAGCUAAAACCAACCCUCAAUCUCAUAGUGUUAGUCUUAUUAUGCCUGUGGAGAAGAAUACUGUUGCAAUCUCUAUCUAUGGUCAUUCCAUUAGAG